AUGGGGAAAGGCAAAAUAGCUGUAUUUGGUGUAGGCGGGAGCAUUGGAAAAGGCUUGAUUCCGUUGCUCGUCAAUGCAAACUACGACAAAUUCAAGGUGCUGGUUCAAAAAGAUGAGACAAAGAGCUUUCUGACCCGACAAGAUGUGAUUUUUCGAGGGGAAUAUUAUCUCGAACGAGAUGCUGUUAUCGAUUCCAUGAAAGGCUGCAAGAAAGUUAUGUUGGCACUUCCUCGGACGCUGAAACGACUGGAACUAAUUGGAUACGCAAAGUUCAUCGGAGAAUGUUCUGUGGCAGCUCGUGUUCCAACGCUCAUACGGCUGGCUGUGGCAGACUAUGAUACCAUGCCAGAAACCUCUGAGGACGUGGAGAACUUUCGACUUCUUGACGAGUACUUGGACACGUUAGCCAUCGAGGUAGUCACUAUUCAAUCGGGAACCAUGGUAUCUGGAAAAUGGUCUACUCCAAAAAUCAACAGGAGGAGGAAACGACAAAAGCAACAAGCUGUGAAUGUGAAGGAAACGUCAUCGAAAACGACAUCGAAAACCAAAAAGGAUGAAGAUGACUUUAUUGGACUCUCCGUUACGUUCGAUAGCACCUCGGAAGAAGCGUCCCCUUCUCCUAAUGCCGGUGGUGGCGGCCAACCACCAGCAAGUGCUCCGCCAACUCCAGCAGGAAGUGGAUUGUGGAACCUACUAGCGUCUGGUGGGUCAAGACCUGGUGGAGCAACUUCACCGACCAAAAGCACUGGUCCAAAAUAA